AUGCAUUUACAAUAUCUACAGAUAUCCAAAAAGUAUGGUCCCGUCUGCACUGUAUACUUUGGUUCAAGGCCUACUAUUGUUGUUACUGGUUAUCAAGCCUUAAAGGAGGUGUUUACUGAUUAUGGCGACACCUUUCUGAACCGGGGAUCCAUGCCCGUGUUUGACCGUCUCUUCAAGUUUGAAGGCUUGUCUUUCAGCAAUGGAGAUACAUGGAGACAGUUGAGACAGUUUACCAUGCAGACUCUUAGAGAUUUUGGAAUGGGUAGAAAGAGUUUAGAAGACCCUAUCCUGGAGGAGGCACAUCAUAUUGUGAAACACUUCAGAAGCUUAAAAGAGGAGCCAUUUGAGCCCAGCACCACCUUGACCUGUGCCUCCUCCAAUAUUAUUGCUAAAAUAUUAACAGGGACUCGCUUUGGCUACAAUGACAAGGAGUGGAUGGAAAUCCUACGGAAGUCACAUAAAGCUUUUCAUAUUAUUUCAUCUGUUUGGGGCCAGCUGUAUGACCUUUUUCCAACAAUCAUGAACUGUUUACCAGGACCUCACAGAAACAUUUUCACUCUUCUUGCACCCCUUGAGGAUGAAUUGAUGAAGACCAUCAAACUUCACCAGGAGACUCUGGAUCCAGCCUGUCCUCGAGAUUACAUUGACUGUUUCCUCAUCAGGAUGAGACAGGAGGAAAAGAAUGUAGGUGUAAAAACACCCUUUACUGUAAUAAACCUGAAGGCUUCAAUCUAUGAUAUGUUCUUAGGCGGAACAGAAAGUACUGCGGUUACCGUAAACUAUGGAUACUUAAUACUGAUAAAGCAUCCCGAGCUACAAGAAAAGAUUCAUGAAGAGAUUGAUCAAGUGAUUGGCCAAGCCCGGGAACCUAGAGGAGAGGAUCGGAGCCAGAUGCCAUACAUGAAUGCUCUUGUUCAUGAGAUCCAGAGGUACAGUGACAUCUUUCCACUUGGUUUUGCCAGAGCCACCAGCAGAGACAUUACUUUCCAUGGUUACAACAUACCCAAGGGUACCAAUGUUUUUCCCAUGUUGACCACGGCAUUACGGGAUCCCGCACAUUUUGAAACUCCGGGGGAGUUCAACAUCAAACAUUUCUUGGAUGAAAAUGACAAAUUUAAGAAAAAUAAUGCAUUUUUACCAUUUGCUGCAGGAAAAAGAGCUUGCAUUGCGGAGAGUCUGGUGCGCUUACAGCUUUUCCUUUUCUUCACCAUUACCCUGCAAAAGUUCACCCUGAAAUCGAUGGUGGACCCCAAAGAUCUUGACAUCUCCCCCACAGAAAGUGGUAUUGAAAACGUCCCACCAGCCCGAAAGAUCAUCUUCAUUCCUCGCACAAUAGAGGGGGGAGCUUAAAGGAUUCUUAUAGUU